AGUUCACACUGUAAGUGAAACUAUCACUGAUCAUUUGUACUCAUUUUUCUUUAACAGUCAUUCAGUGAGUUGCAGAGAGAGCAGUCAACAGAGCUGCAGGAUGGCUCAUCAGCAGGAUGGACUGUUUCCUCAAUCACUGCUCAAAGCCUUCAGUGUUCUGAUCUUCAUCAUUCUCCUAAAGGAUGUCUGUAAUGGUCAGCCUCAGUUGAUUGGUCCAUCUCAGGCACUGGUGGCAAGAGCUGGUGAUGAUGUAAUUUUGCCAUGUCAUCUGGAACCUGCAUACGAUGUUUCUACAAAGACACUGGAGUGGACAAGAUCUUCACUUGACCCUAGAUUUGUCUACGUUUCACGUGCCAGUCAGGAAAUCGAAAAACUAAAAGAUCCUUCUUUCAAAGGAAGGACGUCAGUGUUUGUUGAUGAACUCAAGUCUGGAAAUAUUUCACUGAAAAUCUCCAAAGUGAAAUUUGAUGAUACAGGGACAUACAAAUGCUUUAUUCCAGAGAUGGAAAAAGAAGCUUUCGUCGAGCUAGUUGUUGCAUCCGAUGCUGCCACCUCACCUGUCAUCGGUUUAUCAGGGACUGACAAAAACAGAGGAGGAGUGGUGUUACAGUGUGAGUCUGCAGGCUGGUAUCCAGAGCCUGAGCUGCUGUGGUUGGACGGUGAGGGAAACCUCCUCUCUGCUGGACCUACAGAGACCCUCAGAGGUCCUGAUGACCUCUAUACUGUCAGCAGCAGAGUGACUGUGGAGAAGAGACACAGCAACAACAUCACCUGCAGAGUCCAACAGAAGAAAAUCAGCCAGAACAGAGAGACACACAUACAUGUUCCAGAGGAUUUCUUUGAGGUCCCAUCCAGUUCUCCCUCUGUCAUCAUUGGUUUGGCUGUUAGUUUGGCUCUUUGCAUCAUGCUGUUAAUUUCAUCAGCUGCUGUCCUUUUAUGUAGAAUGAAGAAACACAAGAACAACAGAAGCCCAGAGGAUCACACUGAUGUGGGAGGUGCUGACGUUCCUCUGAGUGGCUCUUCUCCCAAAACUAAGAAUAAGACUUCAUGCUGGCCAAUAACUUGGACGUCGGAACUUCAGGAGGAACAACAGAGGAGGGAGGAAGCUGAAAAGAAUCUGCAGGACAUUAACAAAGAGCUCCAGCAGGAGAAAGAAAGAGCAGAGGACCUGAAGACGAAGCUGGAGGACAAAAAUCGUGAGAUGAUCAACUCUAAGUUAGAGAAGGCUGACUUCAUUCAGAAGUGGAUGCAGACAUUUCUUACACUGGAAUCAGAGCUGCAGUUAGAGAAGAAUACUGAUGUCAUCGAUCAGCUCAAGCAGGUGAAAGAAGCAUCAGAGGACCUGAAGAAUCAGCUGGAGAACAAAAAUCCAGAGAUGUCCAAAUCUGAGACGGAGCUGGAUGAAAUCAUUCAGAGGCUGACGCAAACAUUUCCUACACUGGAAUCAAAGCUUUGUGAAACUAUCAGUCAAGUCCAGGGAGAUAAAGAGAAGAUGGAGAGACUGAACAAGGUGCUCGACUCCACAAAACAACAGUCAGAGAAGAAGAAUACUGAAAUCAUCAAUCAGCUCCAGCAGGAGAAAAAAGCAGCAGAGAAACUGAAGAAGCAGCUGGAGAAGAAAAAUCGUGAGCUUUCUGGAAACAUCAGUCAAGCCGAGAACAGAGAAGAACGAAGAUGGAGAGAGAAAUGGAAGAGACUGAGAAAUGAGCUCGAUUCCAGAAACCAACAGCUUUCUGGAAACAUCAGUCAAGUCCAGGAAGAGAGACAGAAGAUGGAGAGAGAAAUGGAGAGACUGAGAAAUGAGCUCGAUUCCAGAAACCAACAGUUGGAGAAGAAGAACACUGAAACCAUCAAUCAGCUCAAGCAGGAGAAACAAGCAGCAGAGAAACUGAAGAAUCAGUUCAAGUCCAAAUGUCACGAGAUGAUCAACUCUGAGAAGGAUGAAAUCAUUCAGAAGCUGAUGGAAACAUUUCCUGCACUGGACUCAAAGAAAAAACUCCAGGAUUUGAAACAAACAGCAGAGCUGCUGAAGACUGAGCUGGAGUCCAGAAGUCAUGAGAUGAUCAAAUCUGAGAGGGAGAAGGAUGGAAUCGUUACGAAGCUGAUGAAAACAUUUCCUACACUGGAAACAAAGUGCAAGAAGAACACUGAUAUCAUCAAACAGCUCGUGCAGGUGAAACAAAAAGCAGAAGACCUGAAGAAGCAGCUGGAGCCCCAAACUCAUGAGUGGACGGAGAAAACUGAAACCAUCCAUCAGCUCCAGCAGUUGAAACAAGCAGCAGAGACCCUGAAGAUUCAGCUGGAGUCCAAAAAUCAGCAGGUUUGUCUUUUCAUCAUAAAUAUUCUGAAUUUGCUGACUCAGCUCUUUAUGAAUAAAAUAAUAGUCCAAAUCAGUAUUUACUCACUAACAGACUAUUUAGAUAAAUAAAUAAAACUAAAUGUAAAGGUGUGAAA